AUGCUCACACCAAUCAACUAUCUCAUGUUCCGUAGUGAUGAGACAGGCAAUCCGCCCGAUGUUUCAUCAUACUUCUUCUCGUACUGCUUCGGAGCUCUGUUAUCCUCCACCUUAAUAUUCAUGGUGUACUCAGGAGUAAGGUUAAAUCGUCCUUUUGUGAAUCCUGAGAUAACUCUACCAUCGCUGGUAUCUGGUAUUAUCUACGGGAUCGCCGUCUACUGCUUCUUUCUUGCUAAUCAACACCUUGACCAGAUAGUAGCCUAUCCAAUCCUUUCGAAAGCACCUGGAGUCAUCGUUUCGUUGUGGGCGGUCUUCCUCUUCAAAGAAAUCAAGGGAACUCGCGAUUUGGCCACAUUGGCCGCCGGAAUCUGCACUACCGUCACAGGUAUAGUGCUUCUUACGCUGUCAAAAAUGCAACUCUGA